AUGAUAAUUAAAGAGCCGUUACACAGUUCGGGCACCCGUCUCCUAAACCUUUGCCCAAAUUAUCCGGACAUCGUGUCAUCUUGUCCCAAUCCAAUAUGGCGCCAUAAAUCUACAAAGGGGGCGAGGCGGCACUGGAGGGGGCAUGUCACUCAAACUUUCUCUGUACUUCGUCUUACGCUCUCGUCUUACGGAGUUGGGCGUGCUGUCGCUACAGGGCGCGGUGGCGCGUUCAAGGAAUUCUCAGAUAGAGUUCGAGCGGCGGGA